UAACACGGAUACCUCUUCAAGGAUCUCGAACCUCCAAGGAAAUCACCUCACCAAAAGGCGCCAAGCUAGAUAGCGGCCCGCUCUUGAAUCCAGGAACAAGGACCUUCUGCUGCCACCGCCGAUAUUAGUUUUUUUCACGCUCUCUUCCCUAUCUGUCAAGAUCGUAGUAGGGAUCCCGAAUCGGAAUUGGUGUCUGACAGAAUUUUCUUGUCAUCUUUCUUUCUUACUUUCGGUCUAAUUCAUCCGUUUCAUCUCUCAUAUUGGACGUGUCAAUAUUCAGGCUUGACCGCUUUCUCACGAAAAUUAACUCCUUUUCACAAUGACGCUCAACCUCAAUGAAUUUGACGUCCUAGUGUUUGACAUCGAAGGAACCGUUUGUCCCAUCUCCUUUGUCAAGGACGUUCUCUUUCCGUAUGCACUUGAGGCACUUCCCAAGGUGUUGGAUCAAGAGUGGGAUAGCCCAGAGUUCGCAAAGUACCGCGAUGCCUUCCCCGAGGAGUAUCGCAACUCGCGCUCUGACUUUGAAGCGCACGUCCGCGACCUCGUGAAGCGUGAUGUCAAGAUUGCCUACCUCAAGUCGCUCCAGGGUUACCUGUGGUUGCAAGGCUACAAGUCGGGUAACAUCGUGGCGCCCCUCUUCCCAGAUGUUGAGCCCUUCUUCAACGAGGCCACCCAAGCUGGAAAGAAGAUCAUCAUCUACUCGUCCGGCUCAGUCCCUGCGCAGAAGUUGCUCUUUUCACAUACCAACUCCGGGAAAUCAGAUAUGACGCCCCUUAUCGCCGACUACUUUGAUACCACUAAUGCGGGGCCCAAAACCGAGGUUGAUAGCUACACGAAGAUCAUUUCUGAGCACCCGGAGCACAAGGACGUCAACCGAUGGAUUUUCCUGAGCGACAAUAUCAACGAGGUCAAGGCUGCUGUUGGGGCUGGUAUGCGCAGUUUGCCCGUUGUUCGUCCCGGUAAUGCGCCCUUGCCGCCAGACGAACCUCUGUCCAAGCUCGCCAUUACCGAGUUCAAGAACUCAGAGGUCGCUUCUUUGGGAGUAUGAUAGACGGCUGCAGGAAAAGGUCGUUCAGGGUGUGGGGAAAUGAUAAUCGUCGAAUAGUGUGAGACCUUUGUGCGGAGAUGCAAGAGUAGUAGCUCGCUAGGGAAUUCUAGUCCCCUCAAAAACUGAGACCACCGUCCAGCUGAUCCUGUCUGCUGGUGAUCUGGUGUCCCCAAGCUGCAUAAGUGUCAGCAUGCACCUUAUCAGUCGUGCGACGUAGC